AAAAAAAGAAUAUGACAAUAGCGUGUGAAGUGAUGAUUUUUCAAUCGUUACGAGAAUACUUGCAUAAUGCUCGUUGAAGCGCCACCUAUAAGAAUCAAACUGCUGAUAGUACAUUACAUCUUGAUAUUUGUAAAAGUAAACAGAGAAUCGCUGGAAAAUCAUUGUACACAAUAGUUGUAUAAUCGUAUAUAAAUCGGGUGGCAAGUUAAAUUGAUUAAUACACAAAGUGCGCAUUAAAGAUGAAUUAAACCAAAGUUUUAAUUACAUAAAAAUAUUUAUUUAUUAUUUUACGUUAUUUGUUGGUGGGAAGCAUUUUUAACAAUUAUCAAUUUUUCAUUUUUCAUCGCCGCACAUGAAUGGAGACAUACACAAUACAGUUUUCUAGUACCUGUCCUUAGAGGACGCGAUGCUGACGAGCGCCUGGCUAACUGAAUCCGAAGACAUCGACCAGUCAAUAUUCACCGAGCAGUUCCUUGAGAUCGACAUCGAUGACAUUUAUUUAUCAACACCAUCGAUCGUUGAAUCGGAGUGCGUGCCGCCCUUGACCGACCAUCAGUUGCCGCAAAUGAAGCGUCGAAAAAAAACGACAAAUCCAACGCCGCCAGUUUGGUAUUACUGUCCACUUUGUGGCAAAGCUUUUUCGCGGCCACAUAGUCAGCGCAGACACCAGAAACUAUAUUGCAAACACGGGAAGCUCAACAAAACCAUCGAAACUACCAACCCAGCAGCGGUCAAUUAUAAGAAAGAAAAUAUCUAGUAACGAGCGUUGAUGUUUUUAAUUAACAAUGGUGAGAUUAAUUUAACCACGUGUCCCUUGGCUAUCAGUCGCUCCACCUGCGGCUAAAUAUUACCAAUUACUUCCUUUACUUCUACAUUUUUCCUUUCUUAUUUCUUACCAUAGGCUAAAAUUUCUUUGUAGUUCGUUAAUCUAAGAUUAUGUGAGAUAGAGUUGGAUAAAAACUUUAUUGUCAUCGGCACCGGAAGUUUUGACGAUCUCGUUUAA